CAACGUUCUUUUUGAACAGGCUAUUGCAGGACACCUUAUACUUAGAGGGGUCCUUCAACUCGCAAAACAACGUGGACGCGUUUCUUCCAAGACAGGAUGGGUCGCUCGUCCAAAGACAAGCGGGACAUUUACUACCGUCUGGCCAAAGAGGAGGGAUGGAGAGCCAGGAGUGCCUUCAAGCUGCUGCAGCUGGAUGAAGAGUUCAACCUGUUUACAGGCGUGAACAGAGCUGUGGAUCUUUGUGCCGCUCCUGGCAGCUGGAGUCAGGUGCUCAGUCGAAAACUCAGGGGUCGUGAGGAGAAAUGCGAAGAGGUGAAGAUUGUGGCAGUGGACCUGCAGGCCAUGGCUCCUCUCCCAGGAGUCACACAGAUUCAAGGAGACAUCACCAAGGUGUCGACAGCUGAGGAGAUCAUUCGUCACUUUGAGGGUGAGCCGGCUGACCUGCUGGUGUGUGACGGCGCUCCAGACGUGACGGGACUCCAUGACGUGGACGAGUACAUCCAAGCUCAGCUGCUGUUGGCCGCGCUCAACAUCACCACUCACGUCCUCAAACCAGGAGGAACAUUUGUGGCCAAGAUCUUCCGAGGGAAAGACGUGACUCUGCUGUACUCGCAAUUAAAAAUCUUCUUCAGCGCUGUGACGUGUGCCAAACCUCGAAGCAGCAGGAACUCCAGCAUCGAAGCGUUUGUGGUGUGCCAGAAUUACCGUCCUCCAGAAGGUUACACCCCCAACAUGUCCAACCCUCUGCUGGAUCACUCCUAUGAUGUGGACUUCAACCAGUUACAAGGUCCAAACCGCGUGAUCGUACCUUUCCUGGCAUGCGGAGACCUGAGCGCCUUUGACUCCGACAGAACAUACCCUUUGCAGCUGGAUGCUGGCAAAGAGUACCAGUACACGCCCCCCGCCCAGCCGCCCAUCAGCCCCCCGUAUCAGCAGGCCUGCCACCUGCGCAAAAACAACCUGCUGUCCAGGGAGGAUUGUCCAUCAGUGUGUCCCAACCAGACUGGAGACGAGGCUGAUGCGGCUAGGUCUUAAUUGCAAACAUUGUUUUAAGAUUUUUUGUGUAUAUUAAAUGUGUUUUACUGCCAUGAAUCAUAUUUUAUUCAUGUAACAAUAAAGUCUUUUUUGUU